CUGAAGAAGGAAUCAAUUGCGCGCGCACCAUCAACGAGGACGGUUGUGAAAUAAGAACUCUUCUCGGACGACGCGAAUUGUGCGACUGUGCAACUGUGCCGUUCAAAUGAUCUCUCGUAGUAGACUUUUGGCUCGGUAAAGGUAGUUGGUGUUUGUGUCUCUGUGCUAUUUAUGUGUUUUUAUUUGUUAUUUGCUAACUGCGAAACCGUUACUUGAAAUGUGAAGACGAUAGACAAAGUGCUGAAUGUAACGAACAGAACAGAACAGAACAGAACAGAAACUAAUUGUGUGCCUUAAGUGCAAAGAGACAUGCAGGAAAUAUGCCAAAAACAACAUGUCUACUGUUGCUGCUGUUGCCGCUGCCGCCGUUGUAAACUUAAACGUUGAAAUGCUACGCAGAUGCAGCUUUGGUGGGUGCGGCAGCCGCUGAUCUUGAACUCGCGCUGAGGCCGAGGCCAAACUGCACAACGUGGACCUAACGGUGCAGCAAGUGCAGCAGCACGACAAGGAAAGACUCAGUACAAAAGCCAUUGCAUUUCUUUUGAUUGCUUGUGUAUCAUCUUCGGGAAUCUUGGAAACCGCCUUCGCCUGUGCCUGUGCCUGCGCCUGCGCCCACUCGUACGUUAAAAUUUUCGUCGCCGAAAUGGUUUUCUUUUGCGCUCAACUCAAUUUUUUUUUUCGGCGAUGAGGACCAAGAUGGCAGACGAAGUCUAUGCACUCAAAAGUUCUAAAAUUUGUGAAACAAUUGUGUACAGUUGUGUCUUUUUAUUAUGGAAAUUCCGCCGGAACUGAACAUAAAAAUGGAAGUAGCCGCGUCCCCGCUGCUGAUACAGUCGCAUAUCGCCUCGCAGCCAGUCCAUCAGCCCAAGGGUCGAGGUCGCCCACGCGCCUCCUACGCACAGACCGGGGAGUUCGACUUGGGUCUGAUACGUGAAUACCGUUCGCGCCCAGCGCUUUAUGAUCGAUCAAAUAAGCGCUUCAAGGAUAAGAUACACACUGCCCAGCUCUGGAUGCAAAUAUCUCAUAAGUUGGGCUAUGACGUAUCCAUAUUGCGCGAUCGCAUGAUUACGCUGCGUAAUCGCUAUAAUAUCGAGAAGCGACGCGUGGAAAACAAUUCUCUUUCAAAUUUAGCUAGCCAAUGGCCCUUGUAUGAGAAUCUAAGUUUUCUCUCAGACCACAUACGCACCCGUCGCUCGUAUAAGACCCAAAGCAAAUCGCUGGAUGGCCAUGCGGAUGAUGAAGAGGAUGAGGAACCCUUUGAUGUGGACGAUGUUAACAGCGAAAGCAAUGAGCUACCCAAAAGCAUCAAGCAUGAACUGGAUGCCGAUUAUGAGGAGAUCGAGGAUUUUGACUGCGAUGGCCAGUUGCCAGUGACAACAAUGCUCAGCAUACCAGCCAGCAGCACGCCCAUAAAUGGCAUCAGCAACAACAGCAACGGCAAUAGCAACCUACUCAAUGACAAAGCAGCUCAGCACCAAUCGGCCAAUUGUCGCCAAACGGAGCAGCUGUUGCGCGUAGCCAAGCCGAAGCGUUCGCCGCUAACAUUAGAAGAGGACGCGCCACCAGCCAAACGACGUUUGGAAGAAGGUCAAGCAACUGCAGCAGCAACGGCUACGGCUAGUGUGGCACCGGCACCGUAUGCCAAAUCGAAAAUAACAGCUGCAAAAACCACAUAUCCAAAAUUUCGAGCCUUUGGCGAAUUUGUUUCGCAUACGCUGAAUGAGCUGCCUCAAGCAAUGUCCAUGCGACUUAUUGAAAAAUUUACACUAGAAUUAGUCCAAGCGUCCAUUGAGAACGACAAAAGACUGCAGCAGAACGCCAAUUUCGUGGAAGUUAUCAGUACGGACGAAGAUUAGUUUGGGAAUCUAAUGGAGACUAAGGCAAACCAAAAGAAAUACAAAUGUAGUUAAAACUAAUUUUAUACCUUUAUUA